AACACAAUACGUCAGGAACCCGCCUGGGAGAUCACCCACUUUAUGAUACAGGAGCAGUUUUCUAAACAAAAAUAAUAAAUAUACGAUACCAACAACAGCCAUGUCUGUGGAUUAUGCUGCUGGGCUCUCGCCGUACGCAGAUAAAGGUGUUUGCGGACUUCCAGAGGUUUUUGAUAGUCCUGAGGAGCUGAAGGUGAAGGUGGAGACCCUCGCUCAGUUAAUAAAAGAAUCUCAGUACUUGGUUAUCCACUCUGGAGCAGGAAUCAGCACCUCAGUAGGCAUCCCUGAUUUCAGGGGUCCAAAGGGUGUGUGGACAUUGGAAGAAAAGGGCGAGUCCCCUCACUUUGACACCACAUUUGAAGAUGCCCGACCCAGCUUGACUCACAUGGCCCUCCUGGGACUGCAGAGGGCCGGGCGCCUCAAGUAUCUCAUCAGCCAGAAUGUGGAUGGCCUACAUGUCCGAUCAGGCUUCCCCAGGGAUAUGUUAUCAGAGCUUCAUGGAAACAUGUUUGUGGAGGAGUGUGAGAAGUGUGGCAGGCAGUAUGUCCGAGAGAAAGUGAUCGGCGUGAUGGGGUUGAAACCAACAGGACGUUACUGUGAUGUGGUACGAUCCAGAGGACUGAGAGCCUGCAGAGGAAAGCUGAUAAGCACUAUACUGGACUGGGAGGAUGCUCUUCCUGACAGAGACCUGAACAAAGCGGAAGAUGCCAGCAGACGAGCGGACUUGGCACUGACGCUCGGCACCUCCUUGCAGAUCAAACCCAGUGGAGACCUUCCGCUCCUCACCAAGCGCAAAGGAGGGAAAGUGGCCAUUGUCAACCUGCAACCCACAAAACACGAUAAGCAUGCGUACCUGCGUAUCCAUGGUUAUGUGGACGAGGUCAUGAAACAGCUGAUGGAGGAGCUGGGAGUCGACAUCCCAAAGUGGGAGGGUCCGACUGUCUGCGAGAGCUCCUUGGCCACCUCUGAGUCCAACGAUGUCAAACCACUGCGUGCAAAGGAAAAGGUGAAAAAUGACCUCAUUAAGAAGGAGAGGAAAAGAAAAGCACUAACAGACGAUCGGAGUGUUAAAGAGGAGACGGCUUCGGCGAAGAGGGAGAGAGCAGACUCCCCAGUGGAGAUAAAAGAAGAGAAAUAACCUCAGCUAUUGUUUCUUACAACACAGACCCAUCUAGAAACCAACUUUACAACUGAAGGUGCUCGGUUUGAUCAAAGACAGAGGUUCUUUUCAUCUUACUUUCUCUGGAGCAAAAUCCUCUAGUACUGAAAAUCAGUUACAGAUAUUUUCCACUCCCCUCAUAGCCACGAUGAAUAGCAAUGUGAAACUGACUCAAAAUUCAGCUCAAUUGUUGACUUCCUCAUAGAGCAGAAUGAGGAAAGUGAUUGUGUGCAUUACCUGGAUGUUUGAUUGGUUUUCUUUUUAAUUUCUGGUCAACCUACUUGACUAAAAAGUACAUUUACCAAUGCACAGCCUGCGAUGUAAGCGUUCCUCCUGCUAUAGUAAGGACAUAGUAAGGGAAAUCUUUGUGUAUUGUCCUAAACUUUACUUUGGGUUUUACUUUUCUUGGAAUCUGUAACAGACAAGACAGCAAGAUGAGA